GAAUACCGCAAUAUUCCGUGCUUGUGUGGCCAACAUCCUCGCUGAUGUUCAAUUCAGACCGUGUGCCCCAAAUAACAACGCUGUGAAACAUCUUUGGCCUGCAGCGACAACGAAUACCCUUGUCACUACUUUGGCGAAUACAUACAAUGAGUACUGUUGCUGUUGCCGGCGGCUUGGGUGACCUUGGCCGGACCAUCAUCGACGCGGUCCUUGCAUCGACACCACAGCACAAAAUUCACAUCCUGACACGAAAAACUUCGGGAGGGAAACAUAAACCCCCACACGGUGUUAAUGUCGUGGAAGUCGAUUAUUCAUCACCCUCAGCGAUGGCGCAGACGCUUCGCGACCUCAAGAUUGAUACAGUGAUAUCAACAUUGAACCUCGAUUUUGAGGUGAUAUCCCAGUCAAACAUCAACUUGAUCCGUGGAGCAGCAGAAUCAGGCGUAGUGAAGCGAUUCAUUCCUAGCGACUUCAAUGUAGACUACAGCCUCUCGGAAGAGAUAUUUCCCUAUCCGGAGAAGGCUUUUCACCAAGCAGCUCGAGCGGAACUUGAUAAGCAUGCUGGCCUAACAUACUGUUCCAUCCAACCCGGAAUGUUUAUGGACUAUUACGGCAUGCCACAUCUUGAGAAUACCUACCUUAAGCCUUUGUACAUCAUUACAGACAUUUUGGCCGCCAAAGCUGCCAUACCGGGCGAUGGGAAGGCCAAGAUUGCCUUCACCUUCACCCGAGACAUCGGUUUAUACGUCGGUGCUCUCCUAGGCCUUCCAGCCGAAAAAUGGCCACGCGACGCCAUCUGCACGGGAACGCCAAUCUCGUCGAACGAACUGGUUGAAUUAGCCGAGGAAGUCACAGGCACCAAGUUUGAUGUCUGCUAUGACUCCCUCGCUGACCUGCGAGCUGGGAAAGUGACAGAGCUGCCGAGUAACAAACCGUUCUACAAGCUGUUCCCCGAAGGCAAACCGCAGGUAGAUGCGCUUGCAUGCAAUUUGGGUGUUGCUAUCGCGAAUGGGGUGUACGAUAUCAAGGGAACGAGUCUGAAUAAAAUGUUUCCUGAUAUCAAACCGAAGCAGAUGAAGGAGCUCCUUAUUGAGUGCUGGGCUGGGAAGAAGAUUGGGUAGAAUUAAAUGGUCAUUUAGGGGUUAGAGUUUUGCUUGUAGGCAGCCAGUCAGGUUGUCGCUCACGCGUCACGUGCCCUCUUUGAAGAAUAAGAAAUCGUACAGUAAGCCCUUAAGAUGUACAUACGGUAAUUAUCAAAGCAC